AUGGUUAUCUGCACCGAGGACAUGACCACAGGGUUGAGAGAUGCCUUCAAUUAUUGUUACAGAUGCAAAGGCAGAAAACAUACGUUUUCUCAACACGAAGACAACGAUGAGAAGUCUGUCGGGGAUUGCGACUAUGACCAUGAGAUUAAAAGUCGGGCAAUGGAGAAGCUAAGGCAGAAGUCAAGGACGGUAUUUGUAAAGGAGAGCCUUACUUACCAAUCCACAAAGGAAUGCAACAUCGAAACGGAAGAGGGUGUAGAGUUUUGUUCGGUGAGGAGCAGUUUUUCGGAAUGUUGUCCGAGUGAUUUGAGCAUAGAAGGGUAUAUGACUGCGAAAACCGAGUUCUCGAGGUGCUCAAGCUUGAAAGGAGUAAAGCUGGAGAAUCAAUGGAAGAUGUAUUAUCUGAAGGAAAUUCAGAAAGGAUCAGUGAUUCAAGAGUUAUGUCAUUGCCAAGGAUGGCCAUUUGGUCUGGGAAGAAAAGCCAUGUUGCUUCCACCGCUCCCCAAGUCUCCUGCAGAGUCCUGGUCGUGGAGGAAACCCACCCGAGUUGCUCCAAUUCCUUUCAUUUGA